AUGACUGAUAAUAUACAAGUUCCUAAUGAGUUUUCCGAUGCGCCAUCGAAAGCAGAAGGCGGUUGGUGGCGCCAUUCCCUGGCUGGCGGUUUAGCCGGAGUUGUUUCGCGUACAAGCACAGCGCCGAUUGACCGGAUAAAACUAUAUAUGCAGGUGCAAACUCAGAAAACCUCCUUACUUGAUAGUGCGAAUUAUAUGAUUAAAACCGGAGGGAUACGCAGUAUGUGGCGUGGUAAUGGCGUUAAUGUUUUAAAAAUCGGUUCUGAUUCGGCUAUAAAGUUCACAAUCUACGAGAAAGUGAAGCAUUAUAUCAGAAUAGAGCGGAAGUCAUCGCAAGAAGAAAUGACUAUGGGUGAAAGAUUCAUUGCUGGUGCCAUAGCUGGUAGCAUCUCGCAAACAACCGUUUACCCCUUCGAUGUCUUGAAGACCCGUCUGGCAUUGCGCACAACCAGCGAACGUCGUGGAUUAUUUGCUUUAAUCAAAAAUAUUUAUUUAACCGAAGGCGUGCGAAGCUUUUACAAUGGCUACACAAUUAAUUUGCUGGGUGUCUUACCAUAUGCCGGCAUAGAUCUGGCCCUAUAUGAAACUUUGAAAAAGUAUUUAGCCGGCGAAAAAACAGAUAAGCAACCGAAUUCAAUGAUUUUAUUAGUCUGCGGUGCGAUUUCCAGUGCAGUGGGUCAACUAAUAACGUACCCUUGCUCAUUAAUACGUACAAGGAUCCAAGCUCAAAUUGUUCCAAGAACUGAACGUCGCACAGUUAUCACAAAGCGACCUGUAAGUAGAUUAACAACGAUUGGAAUAGUUAAAUCAAUUCUCGCCAACGAAGGCUUUUCUGGAUUGUAUCGUGGAUUAUUCAUAAAUUUAGCCAAAGUAUUGCCUGCUGUUUGUAUUAGUUAUGUGGUAUACGAGUAUUCGAUUCAAAUGUUAGGCGUAUCUAUGAGCUAA